UCUCCGGACAGCCUCAGUGUAACACACCCUGCGCAUGCUCACUCGUCUACGCCUGUUGGUGAAGCGGCUGAAGCUAAACUUUGUGCAAAUAAAACAAUAAUUGUGUGUCGUGUUAUAGGAGACCGGUGGACUUUCCAUGUGCAAAACUAUCGCGAUAUUGUGAGUUUUUACGAAGAUAACAAACUAAAAAAAAAAAAUCUAGUGCCGGAGUGUUAGCCUGUAUAACUAGCGUUUGUUUGACUAACCAGCUAGCUAAACGACACUAAGCAACGCUGACAUUUAACUAGAGGCCAUUAAACUGUAUUUCUCUGCGUGUUCACUCAACAAUCAGACAUUUCGCGACUUUGCAGACAGAUCUGUUAAACUGCUGUGCCUGGCGUUUUUAUAAAAUGACGUCUCUGUCGCGACAUAAAUACCACAUUCGCUGAAUGUUGCUAACAGCUAAAUCGUAUCUUUGACUUGUUCAGUAAUGUGACCGCAGUCCUGUUAAAAACGAGAAAAUGGACAGAGACUUGUUGAGGCAGUGUCUCGCGUAUCACGGAGAGUCCUUGUUCAACAAACUGAAAUGUGAACAAACGGAAAACCCGGACUUCCAGGCUGUGGUGUCGGACUUGUGCAAGGCCACGACCGAAAGCAAGGGUGAAGAGCAAGGCAGCCCCCUUGUGGAGCAGUUCAUUGCCAGGAAGGCUGACAUCUUGUUCUGUCCGGCAUGGAAGACCGUCAUUCUUCAAGAAGAGGAUCACGAGGAGGAGGAAGAGGAGGCUGCAGAGCCCUACGCCAUCAUGCCACCAGUGGAGUUGUUCAUGGAGGUGUCGUACGAGGAGAGAAGAUCCAUGCUGUACAGGGACUUGGAGAGAGGAGACAUUGUGGUGGGGAGGAUCAACAACAUAAGAGAAUACGGCUUCUUUCUCACUUUGCUGUGCAUGGCAGGCGGACUGAAGAGAGACAUAGAAGACCUAGAGUUGUCGGCUUUAUGUCACAUCAGAGAAAUUCCCUCCACUGGCAACCAUGAUGAUCCUCUGUCCUACUACCAGAUUGGAGACUUGAUCAAAGCUGGAGUGAAAGACAUUGACCGCUACCAGGAGAAAAUCACAGUGUCCCUCCACCAGGCGUCUCUCUCUCCCAGCUUGGAGCACAUCAAACUGGGAGUCAUUACCCGGGAGGAGCUGCCCAUACACUACAGUCGUAGCAUUCGUGCAGCCAAUGACUCCAGUGAGACGUAUGAGUGUAUACUGGGGUGCUGCCAUGGCUACCACAACCCCUCUGUAGUGGACUACCUGCUGGAGAAGGUGCGAAUCAGCGACACCCACCCACCGUCAAUGAUGAGAGGACUACAGAGUAAAAAUUUCCUAGAGGAGGAUUUUGCCUCCGCAAUCAGGAAGAAACAGUCUGCAUCCUGGGCCUUGAAGUGUGUACGUGCAGGUGUGGACCACUUCAAACAUGGUCGCCAUGUGGAAGCCAUGAAUGAAUACAACAAGGCCUUGGAGAUUGACACUAAUAAUGUAGAGGCACUGGUGGCACGGGGAGCUCUGUAUGCUAACAAGGGCAGCAUCAUGAAGGCUAUAACAGACUUUGAACUGGCUCUGGAGAGCUGUCCAGAUCACCGCAACGCCAAGAAGUACCUCUGCCAGACGCUGGUGGAGAGAGGAAAACAGCUUGAAGAACAGGAGAAACUAGUAACAGCAGAGGGACUGUACAGGAGAGCUUUGUCUUUAGACGACGCCAACCCUGAGGCACAAGAGGCCCUGCACAAGAUCACAGACACUAUACAGAAAUCAAUUCGCCUGCGAGAAGAAGCGCUGGCUAAGGAGCAGGUGAAAGCUAAGAGCGGCCAGACCAGCGCUGAGAAAUUGCGUAAGAUUUUGAAAGAGGAGAAGAGGAUGAAGAAAAAACGGAAGAGAUCAGCCUCUUCCUCGUCUUCCUCCUCCACAUCCUCUAGGAACUCCUCUGCUUCUUCAUCCUCCUCCUCCUCGCGCAGGAGGUCCAAAAAGAAGAAAAAGAAGCGCAGGAAGUCCGAGCGUGGAAGUAAACGCCAUCGCAGGAUCUCCUCAAGGGAGAGCAAGAGGAGUGAGGAGGGUAUGAGCGAGAAAGACAGGAGGGAGAAAGAUGAGGACGAGGUAGAGUGGUAUCCCGCACCUCCCAACACCUCUGCCACCUUUCUCAACCGGAAGGGAGGCCCGGGGUUUGGAGAGAGGGAUGAGGAGGAGGUAGAGGAGAACGAUGUUGAGGAAAGAAGGAUCUGUCAGCUUUAUUCUUUGUCGGCGGCCUCAGAGAAUGAAGAGUCGGACUCCUCACGUAGAGAGAGAAAGAGAAGCGACAGAGAGGAAAACACGACAAGUAGAAGGAAAAGCAGUCUGAGCAGAAGCAUAGAAACGGAGCAGCGGAGGAGCAGGGGUAGCGAAAAGAGGGAUAAAAACAGGGAAAGAGGGAAGGAAGAUAACAAGAGAAACAGUGACUCUAAGAGAAGAAGUAGCUUAGACGAGAACAGAAAACGAAAAGUAUCCUGCUCGUCAGCUGAUUCUGAGUAUUCACGGAAAUCUAGUUUCCGAUCUGAAUAUUCAGGAUACUCUGGUUCUGCCUCCAAACAUCUGGAGAGCAGGGUGAGAUGUGACUCGUCAAAGAGGAACUCCUUCGAUGGUGGUAGGUAUGAGAACAGAGGGAGGGAGGAAAUCUGUGAGGUACAAGACGUAAAAAGAGAGAAGGAAAGCAGAAAGGGGAGAGUGGAGGAAGAGAGCAGCAGGCCGGAUGGUGGACUCGGUAAAAGAUCAGAAAGUGCUGGAAAUCAUAACAAACCGAGUGGUGCGACCUCAGUGCCAGGGGAGAGGCCUAAAAAAGACCUCCCUGCCAACCUGCGGGAUAUUUUCAAUCAGAUUGCCCAGUUUGAGAAGGAGAAAGGAGUCAAGCCCAAAAAAUAACCCCAAAACAAAAGCCCCGAAAAAUGCCAAAUAUAAGUGUUGUGGAAAAGAGACUUUGAAAUGGGUGGUUGUACCAUUCAUUCAUUCUCUGGACUGUGCAUCAAGAUAAUACACCCGAGAACCCGAUUGAAUGUCCAAGUCGUUGUAAGUUACCUUCGGUGUUGGAGGAAAUGACUAAUUUUGCUUUGAAAUGUCUGUUCCUUUCUGGUAGGCCUGUAGUCAGCUGCAAUGGUUGCUGGGUAAUAGCUGGUCGGAGUGUAAUUAAUUGUUCAUCUGAAUGGAUUGAAACUAUAAAUACAAAUACUUUUGAAAAUACUAUCCCAAAUAAUGUGAUAACGUCAUAUUACUGUUGUUAGUGGUGACUAUCAGUGGAAUUCAUUUCUACUUAUUAUUUCCAAUUAAAUAACUUUACAGAAUAAUAUCUCAAUAUGAGAGUAUCGAUGAUUGACUAUAGAUAUUACAUCUUUAGUCAAUAUUAUUACGUUAGCUGGGGUAAUAUCCCACUUGAAAGUGUCAUUUUUUUUUUCUUUGACAGGUUAUGACAUUAUUUGGCAGUUUGGUGUCACAUCAGUUGCUACAGGCUUUUUUUUUUUUUUUUUUUGUUCAUCUUGAGUUGAGGCUUUUUUUCAGUGGAGAGGAUCCUGCCUUAUGUUCACUGCCUUGCGCCAGUUUGUGCAUUCUUCCUGUGGCUUGUUAAAUCUCUCCCCAGACAACCUGACUGUUAGGUCCACGGUACUUUGUCCAGCUUUAAACAAUACACAUGUUCCAGUUGUAUUCCAAACACAUUUUCUCUUGUCGUAAAAUGAACUCAAUUGAAUCAA